CCGAGGCGAACUGAGCAUGCUCAGUAGCCACUUGGGAUGAGGAACUCGCCCUUUGCUGCAGCUGAGGGCCCCUUGGGGAUGCAGGCUCCAAGUGCCGGCGAUGCUGCCAUUGAAAAGAGGGUGCGGGAGGCCGUGCAGGCGGAUCCCUUGGCCGCUGACCUCAAGUGCAGCUUCUUCGUCUCGGCUCUGCAGAGCUACAAGCGCGAUUCUGUCCUCCGGCCCUUCCCGGGGCUCUAUGCCACGGAGGAGACCAAGGAUUUCGAGGCUUUGCUUGCAGACACGGAUGCGCUGGGCAGCCUGAAGGAGCUUCUUGAGUCAGCCCAAGACACGGACAAGCAGGCCUGGGAGCUGCUGGGCUGGGUCUUGUCUUCCAAGGCCUUGUGCAUACACAGCACCGGCAAACAAGAGUACAAGAAGAUCCAAGAGCUGACAGGAGCACCCAGCGUCCCGGUUGCUGCACCAGACUUCCUGUUCGAGAUCACGUACUGUGACCAAAUGAAUGCCAAAUUCGAGGAGACCAGGGCCGGGAGGGACCUCAUCUAUGCGUUCCACGGGAGCCGCCUGGAGAAUUUCCACUCCAUCCUGCACAACGGGUUGCACUGCCAUUUAAACCGGACCUCCUUGUUCGGGGAAGGCACCUACCUGACCAGCGACCUGAGCCUCGCUCUUCUCUAUAGCCCUCACGGCCUCGGCUGGCAACGGAGCACCAUGGGCCCGGUUCUUAGCUGCGUGGCCGUUUGCGAAAUCAUCGAUCAUCCAGAUGUAAAAUGCCAAGCCAAGAAGAAAGAUUCUAAAGAAAUCGACAAGAAGAGAGCCCGAGUGCGGAACAGCGAAGGGGGCGACGUCCCUCAGAAGUACUUCGUUGUGACGAACAACCAGCUGAUACGGGUGAAAUAUUUGCUGGUGUAUUCCCAAAAGCAACACCGGAGGCCUGCCAGUCAAUCCUGGGUCUCCAAGCACCGCUUUGCUGUAACGAUGAUCCUGUAUCUGCUACUGCUGAUUAUCAUAGGGGCCAGCAACUCCCCGGCCUUCCUCUAUUAUUGGAACAAGCUCUUUGACUCCAAACGGUGACCUCUCAGGGCUCAGCUCCCCUCACACCAUAUGCCUUAAGAACGAGAAAUCUAGAGCCGCCUUGAAAACCCAUCAGCCUGGGGGUAGAUGGAACCAGGUGGGGGCGGACAUGUUUCGGCUGCCUUAACUUCCCCAGCCCCACCUUCUCACAUAUUUUUGACUGGCAUCUCUGCACAAGAGUCUGGUACAGGGAACUUCCUCUUCUUUGCCUCGCUGAAGACGGAGUGCGAGGGUGGGAAGGUGCCGUGGGAGAGAAAUGUGACACGGCGGUGACUUAGAGGUCAGAGUGCUGAGUCUGAGCUGUGUCCUGCUCCAAUAAAUAGCAACCUCUUUCAUGUGCUCUGCAAAUAAGGGUGAUUUUUUUUUUCAUCCUGUAACUCCCAGGGAGCUUUCGUACUCCUUUCUGACUGGGGCAUUUGAAACACGUUUGCUGAAGCAUUUUUUUUUUAAACUGCAGUGUCUGCGCAUGAACGUACGUGUGUGUGUGUGUGUGUGUGUGAGAGAGAGAGAGAGAGAGAGAGAGAAUGAAAGACCCCGUAUCCUUUUAAAUGCAUUUUCCAGCAAAUGUCUGUCCCUUGACCAAGCCAGAAACAUUCACCCAAUUUGAGAGCAAGAACUGCAGUGCUGGUUCCAACCACUUCUCUGCGCUGCUCCCUCAUCUGUGCAUUUCCCUUCCCUUGUUCCUGCUUCUCCUGGCUUCCUCCUGGGGCCAGGCUGCUUCUCCCUUUCAGUUUGUUCGGCUCAUCGAGCUGAACCAAAUAUGAGCCUGAGCACAGCCUGCCUCAAGCAGAGUGGGCAUUGAGGUAGGGUGACCCUAUGGAAGGGAGAACAUGUGUCUUUAACAGCUGUAUGGAAGACACUCCUGUGUCUUUAACAGCUGUAUGGAAAAGGGAAUUUCAGCAGGAGUCAUUUGUAGGCAUGCAGCACCUGGUGAAAUCCCCUCUUCAUCACAACAGUUAAAGCUGCAGGAGUCUUGCUCUCUUUUGUAUCUGGUCAAGAGGGCAGGGCUCCUGCAGCUUUAACUGUUGGGAUGGAGAGGGAAUUUCACCAGGUACUGCGAGGAUAACAAAUGACACCUGGUGAAAUUAACCUUUCGGUACAACCGUUAAAGAUACAGGAGCCCUGUCCUCUUUUCCAUAGGGUCACCCUUGAUUGAGGGAGAUGCUAGGAAGAGCAAGAUCUGUUCACGUGCAGCGAACACGUGUGACGUGGGUAGAGGUGAUGGGUGCGGCACGUGUGUGACUCUCUUUUGAAUUUGCUCAAGUCACGGAACUGUGCUCUAAGGCUUUUUUUUUUAAGGCAACGACUGAUACCACCCCUCCCCAAACCGGGGUUUUUUCCAGAUGGGCUGGACUACAACUCCCACCAUCCCCAGCUGGCUGGGGAUGUUGGGGGUUGUAAUCUAAUCCAUUGGGAGGGGGGAACCAGCAUGGGAAAGGCUGGCGUGUGCUCUCACCCACACGGCAGGAACCGGCAAGGGAGACGUCCUGCACAUGGCACAGUCCUGUUCAGCCGCUGCAAGAGAAUCCGGAUCCCAGGGUCCAAUGAAGAAAGGGGCCAACCCACUCAGGUGGGCCUGGAGGGGAUGGCACCAGUGGAGGCUGGUGGCUCCGACGUCAGUGGGGAGGGGGAUCCGCUCCGGGUUUCAGUCG